AUGGAGAAGAAGCUGCUAGAAGCAGUAGAGAAGUCCAGAGCGCCUCCACCGUCUGCUCCCAAGGAGAAGCUAUAUGUGCCACCACCGCCGGAGGAGCACCAUUACUAUUACUGCGAGUUCCCUCCUGAAGCAGAGCUGCAAACUCAGGUGAAUGCCGUCGGCCAUUGGAACCCAAAUGGCAACUGGAUCCAGGGAAAAUUGAGGGAUGCUCCGUGGAGAGAUCAUCCCAAUUUCAGGUGGAGUGAUCAGAACCAAAGCCAACUGCCUCAACCGUCCACACAACAAAUACAACCCUCCGAGGGGCAGCCCAAUUGGCCCGCUCGAAAUAAAGAGAGACCAAACAAUGGAGGAAACAUAAUGCAGGGUGGUCAAGCGAACUGGUCAAGUGGACCACAAGACAAUUGGUCAAGCGGUCACCAGGGUAACUGGUCCAGUGGAGGGCAGCCCAAUUGGUCAGGGAGACAUCAAGGCCCCCAGUCAAGCAGCUCCGGGAGGCAACCGAACAAUCAAGUGGUGAGCUAUGUUCCGCCACAUCAAAUGGGAAAUCAACAGUACCCAGGGAACCAACAAUACCAUCAGCCCCAGUAUCAACUAAACCACUACGGGCCGUCAGACUACCCUCAGAUUAGCCACGGUGGAGGACCUUCGAAUCAAAGAUAUAACAGGCACCCCAAUGAAGGUUCGGCAGAAAUGAUGGUUUCGCACCAGCCUAAUGAUGCGAUGCGAGAAAUUCAGGAGGCUCAGAAGGAGCAGAGGGCAAUGCUGGACAUGCUUACAAAGCAAUUAUCUCAAGUCGCCAGGUCGCUAGGAGAGCUGAGAGGAAACGAAGGGAAAAUCCCUGCCACGGUGCAGCAGCCUGGGUGCGAGAACAUUAGUGAAGUCUCCCUGAGGUCAGGGAAGGUAUACCAGAGCCCCAGCCCACCUGCGGUACCACCAGUAUCUAAGCCUGGAUCGAGCCAAGAAGAAGAAGGAGAGUCUAGUUCCCCUGAUCGACCCAAAGGAAUAGACAAAGGGAAAAAGAACAUGGGCGGUGAGACCUCAGGAGAAGGUCAAGGAGAAGAAGCUGAUAAGGUCAAGCCAUACCCAUACCGCAGAAUGGUUACCAUGAAGAGAGACGCCACGAUCGACGUGGAUGUAAUUGUGAGUCCCCAACCUUCGGGUGAAUGGAUGAAUUGGGAGUCCCCAACCUUCGGGUGA